AUGCAGACAGUGCUGAAUCAGGUUAUGGAAUCGUCCUAUGGCACCAUUGGCGGCCCUGAUGGUUCGCUGCCGCUGCCUGACCCCGACUUGUUGGACAAUGGCAAGGUGGCGGACACAACUCAUCGGGGGUCCAAAGACUCCUUCAUGGAGUACGCCCAGCGUCACAUGCGAGCAAAGGCCAACAACACGCACCCCGUCCCUGGAGGAGCUCAACGACGCAAUAUCGGCCACUACAGCAAGCGCAUGCGGCGGAGGUUGGUCUACAAGAACGGCGAGGUCAACAUCACACAGACCAACAUCCGCAAGCGCAGACGCCGGUAUUUGGCGGAUAUUUUCACGACGUUGGUGGACAUAAAAUGGCGGUAUAACCUGAUGCUGUUUGCUAUGGCCUUCACCUUGAGCUGGCUGAUUUUUGCCCUCAUCUGGUGGCUGGUAUGCUUCUCUCAUGGUGACCUCGACCACCUGGACAACAGCAACUGGAAGCCGUGUGUGCUGGAAAUCAAGUCUUUCACCUCAGCUCUGCUGUUUUCUAUAGAAACACAACACACAAUCGGCUAUGGUUUCAGGCAUACAACGGAGGAAUGCCCAGAAGCGAUUGUUUUAAUGAUGUUUCAGUCGUGUUUCGGCGUCAUUUGUCAAGCCCUGAUGACAGGAAUCGUCUUCGCCAAACUGUCACGACCAAAGAAACGUGCAGAGACACUGAUGUUUAGUAAAAGUGCGUGCAUCUGCAAACAAGAUGGAGACUUGUGUCUUCUCCUGCGCGUUGGGGACAUGCGCAAAUCACAGAUCGUCGAGGCUCACAUACGAGCCGUUUUGAUCAAGAAAAAGAUCACCAAAGAAGGCGACGUGCUUCCUUUAUAUCAGUUUGACGUUGAUCUCGGCUUUGACGAGGGGCGGGACCGUUUGUUUCUUGUCUGGCCGGUGAUCAUUGUCCAUAAAAUAGACGAAGACAGUCCAUUUUGGGAGCUGUCCCCUGAGGACCUUCACAGAGAACAAUUCGAGCUAAUUGUCAUUCUAGAAGGUAUUGUAGAGAGCACGGGCAUGACAACGCAAGCCCGCAGUUCGUAUCUUCCAGGGGAGGUUCUGUGGGGUCAUCGCUUUGAAAGGCUUGUUACAUUCCAGAAAGAAAACGGACAGUAUCAGAUAGAUUUCUCUCGGUUCCACAAUACGAUUCCUGUCGACACUCCAAACUGCAGCGCCAAGGAACUUGCAGAAAUGACUGCUGCUGGACAAAUGCCAGAACAGACUUUUAGUGGAGCCAGACCGAUUGAUGAAGAUUUCGAUGAGGACGAUGAUGACGAUGACGAGGAAGAAGAAGAGGAGAAUAUUUCACUGGUUUCCAAAUCGGACAGGUUUCUGAAACACAACGGGCCUUACGUGAUCAAAAGGCACGGUGUGGCGCAAACUGAAUACUUUGGGGACGAUUUCGAUUCGAUACCAAGCAAACACAGCACUAGCACUGAUCUAGGCUCGCAGGAGAUGUCAGAAACGUUGCUAUGA